GAAGCCUACACGAAACUCAAUAAAUGAAGCUUCGAGACUCUUUUUUGACAGUUGGGCAAACAUCUCAUCGACAGAUCAUGCGACGGAGUAAUCUGAGACCCUGUCCCUCGCAUGUAGCAUCAGUGCAGGGGGAUGGAUCACGGCGCUAUAUGGGAAUGCCGGGAGCAAACAAUCUGGCUUGAGACUGUAAAUACUGCUUCACGCAUUCUUUCACAUAUGAGUGUCAAAGCAACCUCCAACACUGUAUCAAAUGAAUACAAAAUCAAUGGCCGAGAUAGUCACCAACGCAAUGGAACCUCAGUUGAAUGAGAACUGUUAGAAAAUCGACAACAGGUUACAGCUCGGUUAAAACGUAAACAUUCACCGUCUCUAAGGAGGUCUCCAUAGGAGCCAGGGCAGACUUACCUUCAAUAGCCAGGCGUAUGAAUCUUAUAGAUGGUCAAGCUGAGAUUAAUACCAGCGACAGCGAUCUCUGCUGAAGAUCGUUGGAGUUCUCUCCAUAAGCGCUGACAAGUGAUCGAAAAGGUUCAGCGUCUAAUACUGCCUUCCUUAGCACUCAACUUCGACGGUCUCUUUCACCAAAAUGAUUAUUCCAGUGCGGUGCUUCUCAUGUGGAAAGGUCGUCGGCGACAAAUGGAACACAUACCUGCAACUUCUCGCUGCUGAUGUUGCCGAGGGAGACGCACUCGAUCAACUCCAACUGAAACGAUACUGCUGUCGCCGGAUGGUCCUCACUCACGUAGAUUUGAUCGAAAAGUUGUUGCAAUAUAACCCUGCUGAGCGAACGAAGGACAAGUCAAAUUAUGCGUAGUCCUUUCGUCCUCUGUAUUAUUGUGUAUCAUC